GAAGGUUCAGCAAAGCUUCUCCUUCAACCAUAAAAGUCAAAGCUUUCUCCUUUGACUAUUCUUGCAGUUGGAUUUAGUCUUCACAACAACUCGUUCAAAUACAUUCUCAACUCCUCCCCCUACCACUUUGAUUCUCAUAAUUCACAAAAACACACAUUGCACAGGAAUUAAAAGCUCCCGAAGGUUAAGUAUGGCUUUCAUUUGUGGUUCACCCCAUAGCCAAGAAGAAGAUGAUUACGAUGUGCUUUGGCCAUAUCCUACCACAUCUCCAAGAAAACCAACUAGAAGAGGACUCGUUUUUGGAGGCAUCCGAAGAAGUAAAAACCCAACAAACCCAUACGCAGAUCGUGGACUUGACAAAUUUGAGGCACUUUUAGCUGAUCUUGCUCACAAAAGACAGGAGAUUUUGACACAGAAAGGGUCUGAAGAUGUCUCCAUGGUUAAGUUCGUUUACAGAAGUCCCGAUGAAGUUAAACCUAUUGUGGUCAAGUUAGGCGGUAAAAGUAAACAAGAUAACACGAGCUCAUUGGAGAGUACUCCAGAAAGGGAACAUCAAAAAGUUGAUGCUUCUGUUAAAGGGCAUAAUGAUGGUAAUGAAUCCGAAGAAGGUAAAAUAGUGAAAACAUUGUUUGGUGAUCCUAAGAAGAAGAUUAUGUUUGAUCCAUGGUUAAGAAAGCUCGGACAUGGGUGGAAACCUUCAUAUUAUUUCCCUUUGUUUCUGAUAUUGAUCUUAGUAUUAUUAAUGUUUACUGGAAGGUCUUUUGCGAUCUUAUGCACUUCUCUUGGUUGGUAUUUGGUGCCCAUCAUUAUCGAGUCAUUAGAUAAAUCAAAGCAGCGGACGAAGAUCACAAAGAGACAGUAUAUAAAAAAGGCAAGGCGAAUCGAUAAACAAUCAACAGCAUAAAUAAAACAAGAUUGGGAUUGAGUUUUGAAGUAAAUCAGCUUCUAUGGCUCGUCCUUGAAAACCCAAACAACUUCAUUUUUCCGUUUGUUUUAUGGGUGUUCUUUCUUUCGUUUAUUGUUUCUGGUGAUCAAGAUAUUCGUUAUGUAAAUUUCUUUUUUAUUCUUU